AUGAUCGCUGGAACCGUCAUUUGCGUCUUGAUAAUUUUGUUCAUUGGUCUUGGUGUUUUUAUUGGAAUGACACGUGACUAUCAAGACAUUUGCCACGCGCCGGAUCCGUUUAUUCUCGAAGAUGGAGUUAGCCUCAUUCUCAGUCCUCCAACUCAUCCUACCUGCGAACAUUGCUCUACUGAUGAGGAUGGCAAUGAAAGUUGCUCGCCUGGCUGUUUCGUUUACGAUGAAAACAAGAACUGUCCCUUGACGAUCAAAUCUCAAAGCAACCAGAUCCGCUACGAAAUCAAAAUGAUCGAUAUCGACCCAACUCUUGCUCGGGCUCGAAAACCUGCGUAG